AUGUCCGACUCUCAUGAGAGCCCCAACCUCGAGGAUCUUACUCCUGAGGAGGCCAACCGCAUUAUCCAUUCCCACCGCAAAGUUCGAUAUGGUACCGCCUGCUGGCCCUGCAGACAGAGAAAAGUAAAGUGUGACAACAAAAGUCCAUGUGAAAACUGCGUCAAGCGGGAACACCCACAGCUCUGUUCCUACAAACCCAACAAGUCAGCAUCCGGCAAACCGUCAUCUGUUUCCACCGAUCUCUCUCACUCCAAGAAGAGGCCGCACUCGCCAGAUGCUCAAGAAGGCCGGAGCUUGAGCCAUGAGGCCCGCGAAUCAAUAAGAACAUACGAGCCCGAAGCCGUGGAGAUCACGCGUUAUGUUGGCCAGAAUAGCAUCCCAGCGCUUCUAAGGGAACAAACCGCAGCCGAUGAACCACAGGACGAAAUUCCCCAACCCUUCUGGGGCUUCGUUAUCGACAUUGACGACCUCGAGUCUCGGUUGAUGAUCUAUCUCGAAGACAGAGCAAAGAAUGCCAGAGCCGCUACAAAGACAACAAAACCAGUCUCUGCAUCAUGGCUCGCCAUCCUCUUCGCCGUCCUUGCGGUUGGCUCACAAUACCACGAGACCCCAUACCAUAUCCGAACAAGAGAUGCGCAAAAGUAUAUCCAAAUCUCUUUUCACUUUCUCAGGCUGGGUAACUUUCUGUUAAGGUAUGUUGCACCAAUGUACCAUCUAAAUCAAAUCAUAUCGCAACGCCUAAACCCUGAUGCAACCGCCACCGCCUCCUACAACCAAAUCCUAACUAACUGCGCGGACGUGGAAAGCAUACGAGAUAAACUCUUUGUACAACUCCGGACCAAAGACGCCUGCAAAUCCGCCAUGGACCGCCUCCAGCACUACGCCAUCAGACUGCACACCUCCUUCAUCGUCUCCGUCUGCUGUCGGCCUGCCCUCCAGCGCGAAAACAACCAGCUCGAAAAGUCCCAGAAGAAGUACCUGGCCGACAAAUGCAAGGAAAACCUGACGGAAACAGUCCGCAUGUUCCUCGCCAUGCACCAGCUCUCGGUGAUCCCCACGCGCUCCUGGGCUUUUACUUAUCACGGCCUGUCGUCGGCCGUUUUGCUGGGGAUCCUCGGCGAGACCAAAGCUGACCCGGAAGUACGCCAGCUCCAAGGCGAUUUGAUUUCGGCCCUGUCCGCCACAGCGGCUAAAGAGCAAACGUCGCCGCAGCCGCACAUCCCGAGGUCGGAUCACGACAUUGAGCUCUCGGGCCCGCUGUCGCGCGCGUUGACGGCGCUCAAGAAUAUCUACGACCAUGGAUCGGUCGUGGGUCCGGCGGGGAUUAAGCGCGAGGCAAGCAUUUCCGGCCCGGCGUCGGGGUUGAGGACGCCAUUGCAGAUCAGCCAGCUUGCGGGGCUGCCUCCUAAUGGAUAUCCGUUAUAUGGUCUUGGGCAAGAACAGCAGGGAAGAGGAGGAGGAGGAGCAGGAGGAGGGGGGGUUCAGCAGCAGCUGGGAGCGACGGGACCGUUGGAUCCGCAUCAGAGUGCAGCGUUGGCGAUGGCGGAGAUGCAGCAGCAGAAUGGGGGGCAGUCUCAGUUAGGGGCCGGGGCGGAGUAUCAGGGAGGGGUACCGUAUAACAUGCCACCACUUCAACAACCGGGUGCCGCUGCCGGCGCCGGUUCGGGCCCGGGUGGAGGUGUGAUGCCGCAGGAUAUGUCGCAGUUUGAUCCGGCUACUUAUAUGUCGCCGAUGGAUCUUUACGACUCUAUCUUUUGGGGUUAG